AUGUCCUCCGCCGCGGCACGGCUCUCGACCCAUGAGCGCCGCUCAAGCGCACACCCCGACGACCGGCCCCGCGCCCAGCGCGUGAACCCUCAAGGUAGCUUCAAGGGCGAACGCGCCGACCCUCGUCAGGCCCAAUCCCCCAAGCUGCCCCACCACCAGCAACAGCAACAGCAACAGCAACAGCAACAACAGCAACAACACCAGUAUUCUACGUCGCAUAAGAGGUCGGCGUCCGGGAACCCUCGACCGCUCAUCGGAAACGAGGCCGAGGGAGCAGCCCAAGCCGGAGACGCCUCAAGCGCCGUGGAACCCUCAUGCGACGCUGAUUCCCCACACCUCGGCGCCCCUGGCCUCCCGAAUUUCGAUCCCACCGCUCGCCUCCCAGGCGCCUCAGGCUCAGCAGCCGCGGCCGUUGGGGAUCUAUCCCUCGAGGCGCAGGAAGCCGCCAUCAUCGAGGACCUCUUGUUUACGUUCAUGGGCUACGAGGGCCAGUAUAUCCGCUUCGCCAAGGCAUACAACCCCCACGAGGAGAGGGACCGGCUUACCGGCCCCGUGUUUCGCGUCUUACCCGGUCUAGACCCGAGUCUGCAAGACCUCACCAACUCCAUGCUUAGGUUGGCGACGUACUACUCUGCGCUCGAGGCCUUUGUAGAUGUGCAGAGCAGGGAGGAGUUUGGCGCCGUGAACCACGCAUUAUGCGCGGCCGUUCGGAAACACCUGCAAGACUACCUCGUCCUCGUCGCCCAGCUCGAGACGCAGUUCCUCACAAACGAGAGCUUCACCGUCCACGCGCUCAACGUGCACACCCUCUCCACCCGCCAGAUGAUGCUGCAACUCUACUCGUUAGCCCACGAACUCCUCAAGAAGAAUGCGCUACUCGACGACGAGUCGGAUUCGGAGUCGAGCGAUAGCGGCGACGACUUUGAGAACAUUCUCGAAUCCCUGAGGGAAGGCGGCGAGCUGGCGCCGGGCAACAUGACGGGCAAGAAGAUUUGCAAGGGCGGAAUGGUGCUGGGAAUGAUUUCGCGGAGGCUCGAGACCAUGUCGGGAGACCCGUCGGCUAGGGCGCUGCUCACGGCGCUGCUCCGCGACGCCAGCAGGCCGUACAUGGUCAUGCUCAACGAGUGGCUCCACCGCGGAGGCAUCAACGACCCGCACUCCGAAUUCCUCGUCAAGGAGCAAAAGAGCAUCAAGCGCGAGCGGCUCGAGCAGGAUUACACCGACGAGUACUGGGAGCGGCGGUACACGAUCCGCGAGAACGACAUACCUCCUCAAUUAGAGGGCGUCAAGGACAAGGUGCUCCUGGCGGGCAAGUACCUCAACGUCGUGCGCGAGUGCGGCGGCGUCGACGUCAGCAAGGAGGUCAAGGACGUGCCCACCUCCUUUGACGACAGCCGGUUCCUCGAGAACGUCAGCAACGCCUACGCCCAUGCCAACGAGUCCCUCAUGAAGCUCCUCCUCACCGCCCACGCCCUCCCCGAUCGCCUGCGUUCCCUCAAGCACUACUUCUUCCUCGACCCCUCGGACUACUUCUCCUACUUCCUCGAGCUGGGCGCCUCGGAGCUCAAGAAGCCCGUCAAGUCUGUUAACACCGGCAAGCUACAGUCGCUUCUCGACCUCGUGCUCCGCCAACCGGGCAGCGCGGUUUCCCUCGACCCCUUUAAGGAGGAUGUCAAGGUGGAGAUGAACGAAAUCACCCUCAUCAAGUCCCUCCAGCGCGUCGUCAACAUCACCGGCAUCGAGCAGGGCGAGGCCCUCCAGCCCCUCACCUCCAACCAGCCCAUCGAGAACGACAAGAACGCCAUCGGCUUCACCUCGCUGCAGCUCGACUACGCCGUACCCUUCCCCGUCUCGCUCGUCAUCAGCCGCAAGACGGUCUGGCGCUACCAGGCCCUCUUUCGGUACCUCUUAUCGCUGCGCUACCUCGAGUCGCAGCUGUCGACGACGUGGCAGACGCAGAUCCGCGGCGUCACCUGGGCCCACAAGAGCUCGCACGCGAGGCUCGAGACGUGGAAACGCCGCGUGUGGACGCUGCGCGCGCGCAUGCUCGUUUUUGUGCAGCAGCUCCUCUACUUUUGCACCGCCGAGGUGAUCGAGCCCAACUGGCAAAAGUUCAUGUCGCGGCUCCAGGCCUCGGGCGACGUCGACGCUGGCAAGGUCGAGGGCCCGACCAGGACGGUGGAUCAGCUGAUGCAGGACCAUGUCGAUUUCCUCGACACUUGCCUCAAGGAAUGCAUGCUGACGAACAGCAAACUUUUACGGAUCCAUUCCAAGCUCAUGCAAACCUGCGCCAUCUUCGCCGCCUACACGAACUGGCUCUCCCGCGAGCUCGAAAAGACGGACCCGGACCUGUCCCGCGGCUCCACCUCGGACCCGUCCGGGGCCGAUGGCCACGGCGGCGGUAGCGCCAGCGCCAACCCGGACAAGCGCGUCUCCGAGCUCUUCGAAAUCAUGCGCAAGUGGGAGGGCAACUUUAGCAGGCACCUGCAGAUCCUCCUCGACGCCCUCAACCACUACGCGGCCACGGAGACGGUGGUGCUGCUGAGCUUGUGCGCGCGAUUGAGCGCAGCCAACCAGGGGACCGAGUAUGCCGGGCUUAGGACCGACAUCGAGUCCGCGUAG